AUGGCUGAAGGAUGUGCAUUCGACCUGAACUACAUCACAGAACGCAUCAUUGCAGUGUCCUUUGAUCAAACAUGUCCAGAGCAGAUCUACCUGCACCACCUACACAACAUUACUCAGAUGCUGCAGUCAAAACACUCCAACAACUACCUGGUCAUCAAUCUAUCAGAGCCCAGGGAAGAGCUGAGAAGGAUGAACGCCAGGGUGCUAGAUGUUGGCUGGUCUGAACAGCAUGCUCCAUCUCUUCAUUUACUCUGUUCUUUGUGUAAAAGCAUAGAAAACUGGCUGAGUGCACACACUGAGCAUGUUCUCCUACUGCACUGCAAGGGUGGAAAGGAUCGAGUUGGAUUAGUCAUUUCAUCCUACACCAGUCUUCCUCAUGUCUCUAACAGUGAAGAACAAGCUCUGAACUGCUACACAAUGAAGAGGUUCUACAGUGAGAAGAUGUCUUCUCUAAUGACUCCGUCCCAGACAAGGUAUGUCCAGAUGUUUGGCAAGCUCCUGAGCCGUCAGUUGAAGAUAAACUCCUCACCUCUUCUUUUCCACUGCAUUUAUCUGAACCACAUCCCAAACGUUCAUCCCACAGUGUGUGGACUGUUUGUGCGGAUAUACCAAGACAUGCAGGCAGUGUGCACGACAGGAAUACAUCAGGUCACUGUGGGGCAGACAGACAAAGUUUACUUUGCACUGGAACCACCGCAGCUUCUUAAAGGUGAUAUUAUGAUUGUAUGUUAUUAUAAGAUUGCUGCAGAAGGGACCAGAGAGGUGGUGUUUCGGACUCAGUUUCACACAGGAACUCUACAUGGACACUCUUUAGUCCUUCACAAAAAGGACCUUGAUCUUGCAAACAAAGAUCCAAGGUUUCCAGAAGAAGGAGUGGUAGGGGUUGUGUUCUCAGACAGCAUGACAAGCAUUCCAGGUUAUCCUCAAGGUGGUGCUGGGUGGAAGAACAGCUCUGCAGUCAGUGUUGACUACAACACUCUGGAUCCUCUAGUUCAAUGGGACUCUUACGAGAACAUCACAGCAGAAGCUCAGCUGAGUGAAUGUGCGGCCUCCUCCUUGAGCAGCGACUCUGGACUAUCAAGUAACUCUCAGUGGACUGGACCAGCAGUCAUUGGAUUCCAGGGCCAAGUUCAGAAGCCCACUGUGAAAAGCAUGGAUGAAGUAAAGCCGCCUCUGCACGCCAUAACUUCUGAUCCUCUUAAGCUUUUGGAUGUAGACCACAUGUUUCAUAUUAAUGGUAAUGCCACAGAUGCACAGCGAGAAACUGAUAUUCUGGACGAUGAGGAAGAUCAGAACCAUGGAUCUGUAGUAUCAAUCUGCAAAGAAACGAGCAACGGACUUUCUGGAUCUUUAGCUCUUUUGGAAAGCUGUCAUUUCCCUACUAAGUCUGAUGAUACUACAGACGGGGUAAAUCCAGACUCUACGCGGAUUCUUCCACACAAACUGAUGUCCAGUGGUUUUCAAACACACAAAUGGGUGACACAGCAACAUAAAGCACCUACUUAUUCCUACCAGUAUCAUUCACCAGAUAGACUAAAGCAAAGGGUGGAGUCAGGGAUUCGAAAUGGAAAAAGAAACCUCACAUUGCCAAUUGCUGGCUCUACAGGGGUGGGAUCAGAGACUGACCAGGAUGAUGAAUUUGCCUCCCUUGCUUUGGAUAUCGACCAAUCGAUUGAACAGCUGAACCAGAUUAUCUUAGACCUGGAUCCAGAGUUUGAACCUGUACCCACUAGGGCUAGGGGUCACAUGACUGACACGGGGCCUCCGAACACCAAUGGAUUUGGAAAUUCAGCUGCAAAAUCUAACCAAUCAGGCUGGAGGCAUGGAGUGGUUAAUGAUGUCGCUAUCCAGCCUUCAUUUAACAGCUCUGAUGGGGAUUUGUUACAACCUCUGCCUAAACUCGGUACCAACACAGCACUAUACCAGUGUGAAGAUCUGUAUGGCAGAGACACCACAGACUAUGAGGAAUUUAUUCCUAAAACAGACAGACCUUUAUGUGUGGAUCUUCAGCCACCAUCAACACCUGCAUUUCCGCUGACACCUCCAACACCUUACGUGAAGUGUGGAUAUGAAUUUUCCCUUGAAAGUCUCAGUCCUCAGUCCAGCCCACAACAUCUGCUCUCAAGGACACAGCAAGAUUCACGGGGAUAUGUGGACAAUAUGACGCACUCUUCCAUGUCAUUGGAUGGAGAUCUAUUCCAUUCUGAAGUCACAUCAAGUCCUGCUUCCUUUCAGAGGGGGUUUGGCUCAGUGCAUUCAGUAAACACGUCCAGCCCACUGCCCACCACUGACAGCCCUGUCCAGACUCAUUUGUGGUUAGACAGUGGCUCUAACACCCCCUUGAGUCACUACACACCCCAACCUUCCCCGCCACUCUCCCUUCCCACCCCUAAUGCCCACAGCUCCCCUCACAACCAGCCCUCCAGUCUUGGGAUAGAGGCCCUGGAUGUCAGUCUGCUGGACGCCAUGGAGGGUCUGGAGUCUUUGGGCUUGAAUAAAGCACAACCACCACUGUUACCACAGAAGAGGAGAGGGAUCGAUGGAGGAGAGGUUCCCCUGAACUCCUUCAGCCGAAGUGGAGUUGGAGCAUCAUUUCCCACUAACAAUGAGUCACCUACAGCAUCCAUUCCUAGUCCAGAUUCAUUUUCCGGUAAGCCUGUAAAUGUAAAAUUUGUUCAAGACACGUCAAAGUUCUGGUACAAGCCGGAUAUCUCUAGAGAACAAGCCAUCGCUGUGCUGAAGGAUAAAAAGCCUGGUGCCUUCAUCAUAAGAGACAGUCAUUCGUUUAGAGGAGCGUAUGGACUAGCCAUGAAAGUGGCCACUCCUCCACUCACUGUCCUUAAUCAGAGUAAGAAAGCAGGUGAUCUGACCAGUGAGCUUGUGCGCCAUUUCCUGAUUGAGUGCACUCAGAAAGGAGUGAGGCUAAAAGGCUGCCCCAAUGAACCCUACUUUGGCAGUCUGACAGCUCUCGUCUGCCAACAUUCCAUCACACCACUGGCCCUGCCGUGCAAACUGAUCAUCCCAGAUGGAGAUCCUCUGGAAGAGUUGAGUGACUCUCAAGGACAGACUUCUACCAACUCAGCAAAUGAGCUACUAAAACAAGGAGCAGCGUGCAAUGUGUGGUUCCUGGGCAGUGUGGAGCUGGAGUCUUUGACGGGUGUUCAGGCAGUCCAGAAGGCCACAACAGUGAUUCUCGGUCAGGACCCUCCAGCCACCUCAACAAUCGUUCACUUUAAAGUGUCUGCACAGGGCAUCACGCUUACAGACAACCAGAGGAAAUUGUUCUUUAGAAGACACUAUGCUGUCAACACGGUCAUAUUCUGUGCCCUGGACCCUCAAGACAGAAAAUGGAUUAAAGAUGGCUGCAUGGCUUCAAAAAUCUUUGGCUUCAUCGCGAGAAAAAAUGGGAGCAGUACUGAGAAUGUGUGCCACCUGUUUGCAGAGCACGACCCGGAACAACCUGCCAGUGCUAUUGUCAACUUUGUGUCCAAGGUGAUGAUUGGCUCUCAGAAAGCCAGGUAGAUUCACACAAGACUUUGUGCACCCUGCACUAUGCUAAUUAAAAAAAAUGGCUACAUGUAUCCAAAUUUAUAUGGAUUUUAUCUCUUCAGCCAAAAUUUGCAUUAAAAAAAUCCAAUUUUUUAAGGCCAGUGAAAGGAUGUUUAAGAUUACACCACCACUGGUGCUUUGAGGUCAUCUUAUCCAGAAGAGGGCGUCACUGAGUCUGUGUUUUAUUUACCGUUUGUGAUACUCUAUGUACAGCAUAAGAGCUCUAGUCUAUAUCAGCAGUUCAAUUUGUACCAUACUGUGUCUGCAAGUCAUGUGAGAAUUCUUUCCCAAGCCAGUUUUCAGUAAGUCCUAAGUUAAAAGUGCUUCUACUUUUAAAAUUAAAUCUGUUUUUAAAGGUUAAAACUAUUUCUUUUCAAUGGUACUCUCUGAUUACAUUUAUUUGCAUUGGUCACAGUCAUAUAGUUGUUGGUAUCAGUACUAAACACAGAGUUAUUCAAUAUUAGGCAAUUGUAUUAUGUCAAAAAUAUCAAAAUUUAGCAUAAUAUCUGCAAUUGUAUAAAUGUAAGCUUGUUAUCAUUGAUUGUUAGCACAAUUUCAUUAUCAGUCUCAGUUACUGUCAUCAAACUCAUUACAAUAUAUUUAAUUAAAACCAUAAAAUAAACAAGCAAUAAAUCAUAUAUGGAACAUUAGCAUAUAGUUAACUGCUAAUAAGUUAGCUUGCUUUAGUCACAGUUGAACGGAAACCACAUGUCUGAGCAAGUUGGGACAUUUUGUAAAUUACAAUUAGGACUGGGCGGUAUGACCGACAAUUUGUAUCACGGUAUUUCUUAAGAUUCUGACGGUUUAUUUUUUUGUAUGUCUGGGAAUUUUUAUAUGUCUGUGGCUGAUUCUACUGUCAUAAGUACAUAGAAUAUAAAACAUUUAAAUUUCACCAUGUAUAUAAUGAAGGUUUUGAGUACUAUAAGCUUUGCUUGGCCCCACAAAAUGACACAAUAUAUGAUGGAAUCAGUACGCGUAAAACAGUUGCAAUAAAUACAAUUGUUUAUUUAAUAUUUAAGUAUUGUACAAUUACCCUUAGCUCUGCCUUUAAGGGAACUCGAGGCCCGCAGGCCAAAUCCGGCCCGCCACGUCAUUUUAUGUGGCCCGCGAGAGCUUAAAAGACGUACGAUUGUUGUGAUGGUUCCAGUAGUUACAGACAUACUUAUAAUUUAAUAGGACACUUGCGCCUUUAAGCGGCAACUGUUGACAUUGUACUCAUGGCAACUAACUUUGACCGCGAAUGAAUUAUUUUGCAAUCCAAUACAGAAGCAUCGUCUGUAAGUAGCAGACAUACAUAUUCUCAGUUGUUUGUAAAUGUUUAGCGAGUAUGUUACAGCGUUUCAGUGACGAAUUUACUGUAAUCCCGUAAUUAAAUACGGUUGUUACCGUUACUAUAGCAAUUAAUAUUUUUACACAAAAUGCUAACUCGUUAGUGCUAAAUAAUCUCAAAAUGUACAAGAAGAGAAAAUUGAAGCAGAAGGAAGAGAAUUUAAUGAUAGUUGGGAAAGUGAAUACAAGUUUGCGCUUCGACAAGUAUAACUUUGGCAUUUAUAACGUUGGCUUAUAACAUUGAAAUAGCGACUAACAUGAAGUAUUUUCGCCCCGUAAGACAGACCUGGAAUCCAGUGUAUUAAUUAUUGCUCUGAAAGCUUCUUUCUCAACUGUCUAUAGAGGAACCAUGUUCUUGCAUAUGUGGAUUAUUACUGUGUCCAUAAUGUCGUUGUUUGAAGCGACCAUGGGUCAACAAACCCUACAGUAUAUAGUGUUUUAGUCUGUUCUAAACUGCCAACAUGCCUCAUUUGUUUGGCAGGUUCUUCCGGUGCAUAUUUGGUCUUUUUCUCUUCAUCCUCUACCUGUUUCUGUUUAUUUAUUUCACCACAUUGAGGAACCCACUCUCCUCUGUUAACAGUGUCAUGCUAACGCUACCUGGCUACCUCCUUAAUCUGUACGGCGCUCCAUAGCGCUUUUAGCGGCGAACAAUAUUAUAUGAUCUGCUGCCUUUUAAAGCAUACAGCUGUUAAAAGGAACUAUGUUACGGUUUGGCAGUAUAUGAAAAAUCCAUAACGUAUAAGGAAUCAAAGACGGUAUACCAGAUGUACCAUCAUACCGCCCAGCCCUAAUUACAAUAAAAGCAAGAAGCAAUAAAGUGUUUUGUUUGUGUCUUGAACCAAUUAAAAAAAGAUUUAAACUAAUUUUCCCCCUCAAAACCUAAAGAUGUUCUAGUAUGCUUUAUUUAUCAUCAUACACAGUCCUUUGUAUUAUUGGAACUGGUUUGCAGCUAAGCAUUCCGUGUUAUAGCUUUUCCUUUUAGAUCCUCAUGCAUAUACAUGUUUAAACUUGCUUAUUUUGAACUUUUCUAAUAAGUUACAUUUAAAAUAUACUGGAUGUUGUUUUGUUUUCAUGUUUCAUGUUAAAAAUAUGUAUUAUAGCUCAUAUACUGUGUAUGUAUAAUUGUUUGACGUUCAUCAUCGUUUUUUUUAACUCAAUGCCAGUUAUGCUUUGAUGGAAUUAUUCAGUUGAUGUUUUUUUUUCUUCACUGUGUAAAAUAUUGUAACUUUUAUUGUUAUUUUGUCAGUCUAAUCUAUUUCUAAUUUUAGAAUAAUCUUGUUUUAUAUAAAUCUUAUUUUUUAAAUAAAGCUUUAUUCCGUUUUUGCUAAGACAUACUAAGAUACAAAUAUUUAGCCGUUAUUUAAAUGCAUUAUUUUUUCCAUCUCUCUGAGAAAAUUAUAACUUUCUUACUGUUUAAUCGCUUUCUCAUCAGUUCAUUAAAUUGUAGGCCCACUUAGAAUGGGAUCUAGAAGCUAGCACCACUUUCACCCUUUCCUUUAUUUAUCUUGUCAUCUACAAUUCCCUCCCAUUGUAAUCAUGCUACUAGCACAACUCCUGCACUUACCAGGGAGGGCUGAGACUAUUAAACGCCCUCUCUGACAUGGCAUCAUCACCAGCCACAUCUUUUCACCUACUCACAAUGAAGUGUUAGAGAGAGAUCGUGUUUGGGGAGACACGCUAAGCUCUCCAGAUCAUCCAUUGCUGGUGCAGACGCCUUAACCAGACAGCAGAGGCCGCACUUGUGCUAUAGCAGUGAAUCUCCCAACAGACACAGCAAAUUCUGACUGUUGUCUGUCUGAUAUCUUGUAUUAGAUUAUUGGGCUACCUAGAUUUACUCACUAGUCAGUACACGUAUAGCCUUGGGACAGGGAUAGAGAUAUUGCUUUAGAGGUUGUUUUAGAAUGCAUCUAGAAUGCAUUUAGAAACCAUUACUGCUGUAAUAUAUUUUGUGUCAAAGCAAUUUUGUGUCAGAUUAGUUCAUCACUAAUGGUGCCGUUACUAAUCGGUCAUACUAUUUGAAAUGAAGCGUGUGGUUUUUGACACCGCUUAUAAAAAGAUGGUAUUUUGUGUUAUAAUGAAUAAACAUUUUAAUUGGUUCAUUAACUUGAGCAGUGAUGUACUGUAUAUCAGACUACAUGGUUUGGUCCAAAUUCCAGGGGAAAGGGUGAAUGCUGAGUCAAGUUUUAUUAAAAAAAGUUGGAUGCAG